AUGGGUGCAGAUGCUUCAUUUCCUCUCACGGCCGUCAAACCUGGCUUCUCUAUGAUGAGCAUGACAUUCCGAGAUGGUGACCGCAUAACAGUGCUGCACCUGGACAGUGCAGGAAUAUCGGCAGUUGGACAAGCUAUUAAGGACACUUGGAAGCCAGGCAUCCAUGCUGAGCAAUCACGAUGCGGCACCGGCUGGUCGUUUAAGCUUAACGGUUGCCCAUUUACCUCAUCCAAUAUUAAAACGUCCCAACAAUCUCGGCAAAUGGUAAUGCAAAUUUUGCAAAACUUGCACGGAAUCGGCUACCAGAUUGUGGCUUCGGGCACCCUUGGAUCACAGAAGGAUAGAAGCACGUUGUUUUUUAAGAAAUCGCCAUCCAAUGUCGUCACACCUCCUUUCCUAUGUGUCGGUUUCAGCGACUCCGACAAAAUUCAAUUUACGAAUUUACCCAAGCAACUUAUGAAUCCGAUCAAGGACACUAUCAAAACAUCGUGGACUAUGGGAAUUCAACGCGUAGAUGAAGAAAAUGGCGUCUUGCAGUUUAAGCUUGCUGGUACGCCAUGGUCAUGGACUGCGAAUAAUAACCAAGAGAGCAUUAUGUCCAAAAUGCUAUUGCAGGCUAUCUUUACUACACUCCAUCGUUACCAGUGGGUUUAUCAUGUAAAUGUAAAUCUUAACCGCGAUCAAGAUUGCCUAAUCUUUCGUCAUGACCCUGAGGUCAACAGCUAUGAAAUUCCUCAAUUUUGUAUGAUGAGCUUCGGCCAAGGUGAUCGCUUGCGUCUCAUCAAUGCAUCGGAUGAUGUCAUCAGUAUGAUUCGGAAAAUCGUUGAGGCCAAUUGGAGUCCGGGUCGAAUUCAAGACGAAAGAGAAUUUCAUGGUAGUUACGAGUUUAAAAUUUCUGGUCACCCGUGGAACUCGGUACGAGAAGAAUCAGCAAGAGCUCGGUAUCUCAUGCUCAAAAUAUUUCAGGAAAUGUUGCAACACGGUUGGCAUAACGUUGCAGGGUUUUACCUAAACCGCGUUUCCUCUGAUAGAGUUGUAUUGUUGUUUCAAAAACGGCAAACGGUGAACUAUCCGAUGUUUUGUAUAGCCCCACACGAUGAAGACAAGUUUUGGCUGAUUAACAUGCCCACGGAGUUAGUUUCACUUUUCAAGCAUAUUUUGCUGUCUCGUUGGUCAAAUGGAAUCCAAUCUGAAAACGAGCUACCUCUGCAUUUUGGAACUGUGUACAAGUUGAAAUUAUCUGGCACGCCGUGGUCGGGGGGUGAGAGGAAUUCACCAAUCCACGCUCGCAGCUUUCUUUGUGGUAUUAUUGAAGAGUUUUUCAAACUGGGCUGGCAGCUUAUGCUUUGUGCCGACGUCACAUCAAGGAUAGUCGUUGAUCCUGAUUACCCAUUAGAUGUGUAUUCGUUUUGGUUUGUUAACAAUACAACAUCCGCGAAGUCACAACCAUCUGCUCCAGUUUAUGAAUUCCCUGCGCACUCACAGCAAUACGGUGUUAGGAUGGUAACAUCCCCAUAUCCACUCUCGUGUCACAUCCAGGGUUCUGACAUAGGUAUGGCUGGAGCUCCACCCCUGGUAUUUAAUGAGCCACCGCCAACAUACAGUCAAGCAACUGGAUGGAAUUUAAAUGAUGCAAAGGAAUGACAAGUUAAGAUCGAGUGUAUAAUUAUACAUAUAUUUCAUUUUCAAGCAGGACACAUUCUGGAGUUGUAUUACUAAAACCGCGGUUCCUUUCUCUCGCCGAACAAACUUGUUAUGUGACUCAUGUCGACAAUCGACAAAAA